UUGAAAUUUCGCAUCUAGCAAAUAGCAAUAUUGGUGCAGCUGCAAGACCUUGCUAGAUCUAGAAUCUAGAGAAUAAUCGAAUUUAUACAGAUGUAUUAUUAAUUACAAGUGUCUCGCUACAAAUUUUAAUUCCAUACAAAAUGAUAACGCUCAAUAAGAAAAUAAAAAAGCAAAGUACGGAGACUACCAACGGCAUGAACCUAGAAUCUGGGAAACGAAUAUCAGUCAGGGACAAAUUAUUGGUGAAAGAAGUGCAGGAGAUGACUGAAAACCUUCCGGUGACCUGUUCUGUGCAUUUUGAGGACCCUAAUGUGCUAAGUGAAUUCAUUUUAACGGUCGCACCUGACGAGGGCUAUUGGGAAAGUGGGAAGUUUAAGUUUAGCGUAUUUGUAACGGAAGAAUAUAAUAUGGCGCCACCCAAAGUUAAGUGUCUAACAAGAUUAUGGCAUCCAAACAUCAAUGUGGAUGGAGAUAUUUGUCUAUCAUUGCUUCGUCAAACCUCCAUAGAUGAACAUGGCUGGGCGCCUACUAGAAGACUUAAAGAUGUUGUGUGGGGCUUAAAUUCACUAUUUACUGAUCUCUUAAACUUCGAGGACCCGCUCAACAUAGAAGCAGCAGAGAUGUACAAAAAGAACAAAGUGGAGUUUCAAGCCAAAGUCCAGGAGUAUAUUUCCGUUUCAAAGGGCAAGAGAUGAGACAUGGCCUGUCUCAGCUGUUGCAACCACUCGUAGCGGGCUGGAACCAAUACUCUCAACGUGAUAUAGUUUAAACUCGAUAAAAAAUCCUAUUAAGCACUUGUAAAUACUAGGUUUUAUUUUUAUAAUUGCUUCCAAACUUCCAUACAGAUGUUUUUAACAUGAAAUUAUUGUUUGUUUGGCCAUAUAUUUGUCCAAAUUGUUUGGUUCUAUGUGAAAGAGUCAUAAAUAUUCUUGUGAACGUCGAACGAACUUUAGGGUUUUUUAAGGAAGAUUGAAUAUGUGGUCUCCAUGGGUCUCAAUAUUUCUAUAAAUUUGCAUAGUCACCUAUUAAAUGCCAAAACAUUUUUUUGUAUUAUGCAUUAAAUCGAUAUUUUAUAUUAAUUAAAAGUUAAAUUUUUUUUAAUUAUGUCAAUAGCAGAAUAGUUGUGAUGCAAUUGGAAUUAAUGUUUUAUCUUAAGGAUAUUACAUUAAAAUGAAAUAACUAUACUUGUAUAUUAAUAUCAACUUGUAUAAUGUAUUGUCAAAUCUAAAUAUGGAAUAUAUCUUAUCAAAUAUGUUUGUGAGAGCAAUAAGUCAAUAGAUGUAAUAUUUGUAAAAGC